AAACAACCUCUCACCGUUCGAGUAGCUGAUGUUGUACAGUGCAUCACUGCAGCAUAAACGUGAACGUUUUGAGUGUUUCUUUAUUAAAUCCCAACUUUGUGUGGAGCAGCCUAUGUGCCUACAGCUUAUAGUGAACUACAGCUCUACCGGUUGCUGGUCAACGGAGAGAGAAAACAGCUGCAGGCUCGCGUGUUUACGGUGUUUCUGGGGAGGAGAAGCUCUGUGCUCGGUCUCGGUGCCAGCGGCAGUUUGUUUUAGAGUCUGUGUCUGGAAUUCGCGGACUAAAAUGAAGACUAAAACGUGAGAGGCUCAAAGUUGUUGCUCGCCGCAGAACAAAUGGAACAAGCAGAGGAGCUGGAGCAGAUUGCCUCCUGGUUCAGUGAGGAAGGACUCCCCCCUGACUCCCCUAAGGAGGAUCAGCUGUGUUUCCUAUGGCGAGCCCUCCAGCACACGAGGAGCCAUCUGAGCAAAGUGACGAGGGAGCUGGAAACCCACCGCUCACAGCAUGUGGCAGAGAUGGCAGAGGUACGCAAGUCUCUGGAGCAAAUCCGAAUCUUCACAGAGCACAAAGAUGUUUUGGCUCAGGAGAUACAGGAUGAGAACGACCAGCUCCAGGAGCAGAUGCGGCGCCUAGUAUCACUCCAAGAUGCCCAGAUAAGUGAGGUGGCUAAAAUGUUGUACCAGCAGGGACUCACAGAGUUGAUUCACAGCAGUCCCAGUGAGCAGGUGGCUUACCUCCUGGUGGAGAGGGCCUCCCUACUUGAGACCAGUGAGGAUCCACACAAGCGGGCAGGCGAUGGAAACACAACCAGUUUGUCGGAAACAGGAGCACAAGUGUUGAACACCACUGUACGCCAGUCAACCCACAAGGGGGCACCCCGUCACGGGCAGAGCACAUGGAAAAGACUCUUUGGACUCCAUAAGGCUUCACAGAGCAAACAUACAUUUAUUCCUACUGAGGCCAGACACUUGGCAGACCAGGCAAGCAGUUUGGGGAGGGAGUGCUCCCGUCUGGAGCGGGAUGUGGAGGAGGGCUCCCGCCGACUCGCCAUGGCUCACAAGGAGAUCCGGCGUUUGACUGAUGAGCUGGAAUCUGCCCAUUUGACCCGAAGAGCGUAUGAGCCUGAGAUGCAAUCAGCCCAGGAGGAGGUGGAGCAGCUCAGACAGGAAGUAGAAAACUUGAAGAAAUAUGAAAUGGUGGAACUGCGAAAGACCAAAGAGCUGAAUGAUCGUCUGGACUUUGAGAUCAGAGCCCUCAGGAGCAGAGUACGCUCACUAGAUGCGGAGAAAAGCUCUCUUCUUAAGAAGGUGGUGUCCCUACAGGAGGAGGUGGAGCAGAUGGAGUCAGCUUUGCAGGAGCAGCAACAGCAGUUCUUAUCUGUGCAGGUUCAGGCCCAGCAGGCCACAGAGGUGGCCGAAGUUGAGUCUCUGCAGAAGAAGGCAGAGUGGCUGGAGUCAGCCCUGCAGGAGCAGCAGCAACAACUCUUCUCUGUGCAAGUGCAGGCCAAGCAGGCCGAUGAAUUAGCCAAAGCUCAAACUGCAGAAUUGGCAAAAAACAGGCAGACCUGUAGUAACUUUCAAGAGAAGCUUGCUGCACAGACAAGGCUCCUUUCGGAAAAAGAGGAAAUUGUUGAAUCCAUGCAGAAGGAGGUGGAGCGACUCGAGUCGGUCCUGCAGCUCCUCACUGCGCCGCUUCAAGCCGGGCAGGAUGAUAAGAUACCUGAACCAAAGGCAACUGAGUUGGUUGAGAGCAAUCAGACCUGCAGAGAUUUAGGGAAAGAGCUCAGUUCUCACAUGAGUUGUCUUUCGGAGAAGAAGUUAAAAAUACAUUCACUGAAUAAUUCCCACAAUGUUAGCUUUAUGGCUAAAGUCUGUACCAAAGAGAACAACAUUCAGGAUCAAAAGAUUCUGCAGCUUUGUGGAAGCCCUGGAAGCUGUACGCUGGAAGACCUGUUUAUGACGGAGGAUAAAGAGUUACAGACAGAGCUGUACAAAACAAGCACACUACAUAAGGAAGCAACGAAGAGUGUGAGGUCAACCGAAGAUGAGUGUGAAACACUUAAGAAAGAGAUCUGUGAUACUCUUAAAUGCCUAGACAAAGAACGAAGUAAAAACCAUGAGAUGAAGGAAAAACACAAGUCUAAAGUGUGUCGAGCCAAACAGAAAUUUGAUGAGGAGACCUCAUGGCGUGAUGAGAAGAUAAAAUGUCUGGAGAGAGAACUGUCCUUGUGUUCCCACUCAUUAACAAAGGAGAAACAACUUGUCACAAGCAUAAGUUUGGAAAAUGAGAAACUACUUUUUGAGAGGAGGCAGCUACUUCAACAGCUUGAUGAGGAGGAGCACAACAAGAAAGGCCAUAACCUAACAGUAUCUUUGUCCAAAAGCAGGGUGGAUUUUUUAGAGAUGGAAAACAAGAAGCUGGGUAACAAAAUAUUCCACAUGGCCAACCAGCUAGCCACCUUGGAACGCAGCUUACAAAACUUACAGUCGCUGCACUUUGUUGAGGAACUGAAGAGAAUGUCAACUCACCGAAAGGUUUUUACAUCUGUCCCUCUGCAGACGUCUAGUGUGAUGUCUCCUGAACUGGCUGAAAUUCAGAGCAUAUUGGACAGUACACAAAGCGGUGACAGGAAGCAGACGGAUGUGACUCAUCUCUCUCACUGUUGCAUCUCUGGGAGCUUGCGUCGCUCAUCAGAGAUGGGAUACAUGAACCUGACAUCCACACAGAGUCUCCCUGAUCACUCGGCCUCAUUGAGCACCUCUGAUUUCUCAGCAGUACCCUGAAACUAGGUCAUACGUGUAUAUGUCUAAUAUGUGCAGGGUUCCUGCAGGGAAUUUUCAAAAUUCCAUACUUUUUCCAGAUGCUAAUUUCCAGUCUCCCCAGUUAAAAAUAAAUAAAUAAAUAAAUAAAAAUCUAAUUUAUGGCAUUUGAGUAGUUAAGUUGUGUGUCAUGUAAAUAAAUUAUGGAAUUAAUUGUUUGUUUUCAUUAUUCUGAAUAU